AUGAAUCAACCUCAAAUACCGCUGUACCAACCCAAUCAGACUUUAACGGUAGGCUCACACCAAAUUAAGAUCAUAAAGUACCUCACAAGUGGUGGGUUUGCUCAGGUUUAUAAAGUUGAAUUUUCUCCUAUUGAUCCUUACAUAAACACCAAUGUUGGUUGUCUUAAAAGAGUUAUCAUUCCAGAUAAACAAAGUUUAAAUAUGUUGCGAGCAGAAGUGGAGGCUAUGAAACUGUUAAGAAAUAACCGACACGUCGUCUCAUAUAUCGAUUCACACGCAUCUAAAUCGACUACAAUAGCUGGAAACUAUGAAGUUUUCUUGUUAAUGGAAUAUUGUGAAAAGGGUGGUUUAAUUGAUUUCCUAAACACAAGGUUACAAAAUAGAUUAAAUGACGAUGAAAUAUUAAAAAUCAUGAGUCAGACAACUCAAGGUAUUGCAGCAAUGCAUGCACUUCAACCACCUGUAAUUCAUAGGGACAUAAAGAUCGAAAAUGUCCUCAUUGCUGCAAAUGGAGAUUAUAAGAUAUGUGAUUUUGGUUCUGUAUGUGGCGUUAUUAGACCACCAAGAAACAACAUGGAACUCGAAUAUGUCAAACAUGACAUCCUGAGAAACACCACUGCUCAAUAUAGGUCUCCUGAAAUGUUAAAUCUUACAAGUGGUUUCCCAAUCGAUGAAAAAUCUGAUGUGUGGGCACUAGGUGUAUUUUUAUACAAAAUAUGUUAUUACAUAACUCCUUUCGAAAAAGUAGGAGAAUCUGCCAUUCUUCAAGCAAGGUUUCAAUUCCCAGCUGUCCCAAUAUAUAAUGGUCGUACUAAGAAUUUAAUUAAAGUGAUGCUAUCAAAAUCACCCACAAAUAGACCUAAUGUCUGCCAAGUAUUAGAGGAGGUAUCUAGGAUCCAGGGUAAGCCAUGCCCAAUCAAAAACUUUUAUUUAGAACGAGCUAUGAAGUUUUCACAACAAUACAAUCAAUCAAUCAAUAUGAGUAUCGAUUAUCCAAGACAAACCAUUAAUUCAGAUAUUGGAAAAAUACCUACUGAAUUACAUCACUCUGCAACUAUGGUGGAACUCAAAACAAAGAAUCCACUUCCAGUGAGUCUACCGAUGUCUACACAUGUAACAGAAAAUCUCGAACCAAAGGGUAGUAUUACACAUACGCCGAAUAUGAACAUUCUAAAAAACAAAAAUAGUUAUAUUCCUAACCUACAACACGCAAAUACGUUUACAAACCUUCACGAAUCCAGCAGUUUUGCCACGGGACCAGAUUUGAGUGUAUUAAUGCAAAAUAGUGAAGCAAUUUCCAAUAGUACUUAUGUUUCAGCACGUCCAUCUAGCCCAACUAAGGCCCCUGCUUUUCAUAAUUUCUCUUCUGCUAAAUCAAUGAAUUCACAUUAUACCGAUAGAGAGACACAAACAUUUACGCCUCACAGCCCUGUAAGAAGACCACUAUCACGGGUAUCAUCUAUUAGGUCAAAUAUUUCUGUCGAUUCAGAAGUUGCAUACUUAGAUGACGAAACUACUGGUAAUAGCCUCGUAAGGAAACUAAGUCACACAUUGAAGAAGGUUAUCACAGGGGAAUCUAGGAACACCUCACCAAUUAGAUCAAGACAGAAUACAGGUGAUAGUUUAUGGAAUUCUGCUACACACAAAUUGAGAAGUAGAUUAACUGGUGGAAAUAACAAGAGAUCAAUAUCACAUGAAAAGACCACUAAUAAAUCAAAUAGUUUAAAUAGAAGAAUAUCCAGUAUGAUAAGAGACACAGAAAGCAAUACGGACAAAUCUAUUCUAGAGAAAGAUAAUAUGCCCGCCUCUAUUAUACCGAAGCCCAAACCUUCCUCUCAAUCCCCAAUGACGGAACUUAGCGAGGAUACAGAGAAUGGAUUAUCGCUAAGAUAUAACGAGCAACUUAAAGAUACCCCUUCAAUUAAAUUAAUGGUAAAUAAAGAAGCAAAGGAGUCUAUCCAGAAAAAGGUUCAGAAUCUUUUGAAUAAUAGUGAUGAUAUCCCAACAAGGAGAACUGCAUCCGGAUAUGGUAGAUUCACAAAUAACGAAAAGAGUAAAUCGCCAAGUAGGUUAAAACCAAAAGUUCCACCUUCAUCAAGUUCUGGGAAUAAAAUUAGACAGUCAAGCGUUAUCGUUACUCCUCUAUCCAGUCUCCAAGCUAAAAGAGCCAAUACGAAAAUAGACAAUAAACGUACACCACCACCUGUUCCAAAGAAACCAAACUCUCUGAAAAUCAAAGUAAAUACAAAUGGUAGGGACGGAAAUAAACCUAGAAUUGCAAGUGAAACUACAGAUUACUUAAUGGAAGUUGAUGUCGAUGAUCUUGAAACAAAGUUCAGACAGAGAUUCCCAAGUACAGUCAGAUAA